UUGCGACGAGAUCGAAAUCAAAAUAAAAAUCAGAAUAACCAUAUUCUUUUUCAUUCGUAACUCGAACGAAAUCAGAAUUAGAAUAUGAUUUGGAUACUGGAUGAUGGUCGGAAUUAGAUUGUCGAGGAUUAGAGCAUAUUCUAUUUUCCUUCGAGUAAAUAGCUGAAAUGAAAGUUAGUUAUUCCCUCAGAAAAUUUAACAUCUUUACUGCAUGAAGUACAGAGAAACUCCCAGACAGCAAACAUCACACCCCUCUCCUGCUACCAAGGAUUUAUUGGCUUCUGCGUCACCAACAACCACUUUGUACCUUUCCACCUAUCGCCAUUGAAUUGGUUGUGAUCUAGGUAAACCACUACUUCAAGGCGUUUCUAACCAUCUCAGAGCCGCUCGCUCGACUGAGAGUGAAGCUGCCACCGCCGCCACCUCGACGGAACGCAUCCCAACCCGGCUCCCGAGCAAUGGCCGAUCAAGUCAAGUCCCAGCCCGAUGGCAGAGCACCUGCGAGCGCCAUGGAAGUGAUGAUGACCAUCGCAGCGCCAUCCGAUGGCAACGAAGCCGGCGUGAGCAGUCCGCAGGUGGAAGAAGACGUGAUGCAGCCAGUACUCGAUGGAAGAUACAGCUGCAUUUCAUCUUCUAAUAUGAAACUGAGCGACAAAGUAAAUGGUCAAGCAUCUUCUACUCCAAUGGGUGAAAAUGGCCACCUUGAUAACCACAGCCUUGUUAAAGCAGCCGGAAACGUACAUAAUCUCCAGAAGGUCUCGGUUCUACCUCUAGUGUUCUUAAUCUACCAUGAGGUCUCCGGUGGUGCAUUUGGUGCAGAAGACAUUGUUCGGGCUGCAGGUCCCCUCCUAACCAUCAUUGGCUUUCUGGUUUUCCCAUUCAUAUGGAGCAUUCCUGAAGCACUGAUCACCGCCGAGAUGGGCACGAUGUUCCCGGAGAACGGAGGCUAUGUGGUGUGGGUCUCCUCCGCUUUAGGCCCAUACUGGGGUUUUCAACUAGGCUGGAUGAAAUGGCUUAGUGGUGUCACAGACACUGCUCUAUAUCCAGUUCUAUUCUUAGACUAUCUGAAGUCUGCUAUCCCGGCAUUAGGAGGAGGUCUCCCGAGAACAUUUGCGACAUUAGGCUUGACAGGAGCUCUGACUUACAUGAAUUAUAGAGGUCUGAGCAUCGUGGGAUUGUUUGCUGUCUUCCUUGGUGUCUUCUCAAUCCUUCCUUUCAUCGUUAUGGGGCUCGUGGCCCUGCCGAGACUGAGGCCUAAAAGAUGGUUGGUGGUUGAUCUCCACAAUGUCGAUUGGAAUUUGUACUUGAACACACUCUUUUGGAAUCUCAACUACUGGGAUUCAAUAAGUACUAUGGCAGGAGAGGUUGAUAACCCAAGCAAAUCAUUGCCAAAGGCUCUCUUCUAUGCAGCAAUUCUGAUUAUCUUUUCAUACCUGUAUCCCCUCCUGAUAGGCACCGGAGCUAUCCCACUUGAUAGGAAGCUGUGGACAGAUGGUUAUUUUUCUGAUAUUGCGAAGAUUAUUGGCGGAGUCUGGUUGACAUGGUGGAUGCAGGCAGCUGCAGCAUCAUCCAAUAUGGGGAUGUUUAUUGCUAAAAUGAGCAGCUAUUCUUAUCAGCUUCUCGGGAUGGCGGAGUUGGGAAUGCUCCCAAAGUUCUUUAGCAUGAGGUCCCGGUAUGGAACUCCUCUCAUAGGGAUCUUGUUCUCUGCCUCUGGGGUAAUUCUGCUUUCCUGGCUGAGCUUUCAAGAGAUUAUUGCUGCUGAAAAUAUUCUUUACUGUUUUGGAAUGCUCUUGGAAUUUCUGGCCUUCAUGAGAUUAAGGAUAAAGCAUCCGAUGGCGCCUCGACCUUAUAGGAUACCUCUAGGGACAGUCGGUAGCAUAUUGAUGAUUAUUCCUCCUACGCUGCUCAUAUUUGUCGAGCUAGCUUUUGCUUCUCACAAAAUCAUGUUCGUAAGCCUCGCAGCGAUGAUUAUUGGUCAUGUUUUGCGGCCUUGUCUGAAACGUUUGGAGAAGAAGCAGUGGCUGAGGUUCUCCAAAAUAACUGAUAUUCCUGAUUUUGGAGCUACCCAAAAUGCGAAUGCUGCCGAAUCUCCAAUAGAUUAGUUAUUUCUCAGGUCUAGUAAUAUUGUAGGCACAUAUUUUGCAUGUCCUUUGAUGCCAUGUUGCUUGAAUUACACUUCGCAGUUUAUGUAUGAAAGCUUCCAUUAUAACUUUCUAUCUUCAUCGUGGAGAGGAAGGUUCAGGAUUAGGCUUGCAAACUGCAACAUCAGGCAUCUUGUUUGAUAUGCUGUCGCUAUGUAAUCAGAUGCUAUUACUGGUUUGCUUUGUGGUCCUGUAAUUUAUGGAAGCAUCGCAAGAUUAUUAGCAUGUUAAGAUCAUCUUGCAUGGUGAUAUCAUCAAAUGUGAUCCAAAAAACCUUUCAGGAACAGUCCUUGUAGUAGUUUUUUCAUAUGCUAGUUGUAGAUUCUAUACCUAUCUUAUGGGCUAAUGGAGUUGCUUGAUUG